AUGCAUACUAUUCAAACGGAUUCCAAGUCCUACAGGUCUAGAUCUUACAGAUCUGCAAACGUUCCUUUGAUUUCACUAGAACUGUUUCCACAAGGCUUGAAGCUACCGACCAAAAUCUCAGUAACUCAAAAGGAAUGGUUUCUUGAGCUUUUCCAUGUAGACUACUCCUUACAAAGCUUGAAUAUGUUUAAGCAACUGGUCUCUCGAAGUGGAAAUCCUGCGCCUCUAUCAUUCGACAAUCUAUUCAAGUAUUUAGACUUACUUCGCUGGGUGAGCGCAACGGGGUCCGUAGGUGAUGAAAGAAGAGGUUUUGCCUCUAGAAAGAUUUGGUCAGUUUUCCAAAACCAAUUCCCAAUGCUCUUGCACAAUGAUACAGAUAGUAAGUUUCUGGAAAUGGUGCCAAAUGUGCUUAAAAGAGUUUCCGAAAUCGUAUUACAGUCUUUGAAUAACAACAGCUUGGAAAGUACCAUUGAUUUGACUAUGCACAACUAUAUAACAUACAUCUAUGAGCCAAUUUUCACCAAUGUGGCUGGUAAUUUGGUAUUCUUUGAUGAUUCUGUCGACAUUUUGAAACAAUUAGUGGACUCAUUCCUAAAAAUCGUUGGCUGUUGCCUCUUAAUGAAGCUAGGUCUCCUUCAAUCAAGUGAAACACUAAGGGACACUCAAACAUUGAGAAGACUAGAACAGAUACUUCAGCAGAGGGCAUCAACUUCUCCAACCCAGCUGAACCAGUUGCACCACCUUAGAGAUAUCUUUAUAACACCUGCUCCAUUCUUUUCCACACCCUUGAAUUUACAGAAGUUCAUAUCCCAAACAAGUACUGGAGUUUGGCUCAGGUUGGCAACAUUCUACCUAGAUUUGAUGCAGCUGUUGAUGAAGCUCUUAUGGAAAGUCAAACUCCAUUGCUCGCUCACCGAUGAUCUUCCUUACAUAGUAGCCAGAAGCAGAUUGAAAAUACUUGCCUUUAUGUUAGCAUUGGAAGAUACCGAGUUGAUGGCGUUCUAUUUAAGUAUGAAUUGCUGGAGCCAGUAA